UGCAUUGACCUCGCGCAUAUAUUUAUAUUAUAUUAUAAAUAUAAUUAUAAAUAUAAUUUACGCACGGUAUUUACCGUAUCGAGCGAAACCGAACAACGAGGCGAUUAACGAAUAACAGGAAAUUCUCGAUUAACUCGCGGAUUUACAAGGCCGGGAGGGGAACGAUGAGCGAGGGGAAGGGGAAGCGCGUCGACCUGAACGCAGUGAGCGACAAGUUCACGGAGGAGGUGCUGGCCGGUAUCCUCGCCGAAGUGUGUAAGAGCGAGGGAGAAGUGCGGCUGAUAGAUUGGAGUUUCGACGAGGGCUUCGCCAAAGGCGACUACUUCACCUCCAGCAUCAAUAAGGGCAGCGUGAGCGGCGUUGUCGGCGGCAAACUGGGGCAGCGACGUCGCGUGCAGGCGAAUUUUGUCGUAAAGGCGAUGCCGAAGAAUCCCCGCCGACGGAAGACCAUGCGAUCCGCCGACUUCUUCCGCAACGAGAUCGUUUUCUAUACCGAGGUGGCGUCCAGGUUCAAGAAAUUCUUAGCGGACAAAGGGCAGAGCCAUCUUCUGAGCAUCCCGCGUUACCUGGCCUCCUUCACGGACGGUGAGAACGACUUCUUGGUCUUGGAGGACGCCUCGCGUUUGGGAUUCGGGCCGGCGUCGCGACGAAGCUGCUUAGACCUUACAGAAUGCACGGUGAUCCUGAAGACGAUGGCGAAGUUCCACGCGAUCUCCUUCGCCCACAAGGAUCAAAGGGAAGAGGAGUUCGCGGAGAUAGUCAGCCACUUGAGGGAGAUCUUCUUCGGCAAGGAUUACUGGGAUGGGUUCAAGAAUUACCACAAAAACUUACUGGACGUGGCGAGACACGCGUUAAACAGCGAGUAUCCCGGCAGCGAGGCCGAGAGGUGCUUCAAUUCCUACAGAUUCGGCGCCCUCUACGACAAGUGUGCAGAAUUGUGCGGCAGAAAGAACGCACCAACAUCAGUCGUAUGCGAGGGCGACUGCUGGCCACCGAACUUCCUCGUCCGGGACGUCGGAGGAGCCGGUCUGAAGGAGGCGCUCAUGCUGGACUUCCAGAUCUCGCGCUGCGCCAGCCCCGUCACGGACUUGUCGUUCCUGAUUUAUUCCUGCACCGACAAGACGUUUCGCGAUCAACACUUCGACGAUAUGUUGAAAAUAUAUCACUCCGAGCUGAGCGACGGCGUUAAAUCACUCGGAUCCGACCCGGAGCGCGUUUACCCGUGGAACUUGUUCCUGAAGGAGGUGAAGGAGCAAUUUUUCUUCGGCUUGUUCGCCUCGCUGGAAAUUAUACCGUUAAGUUUGCUGGAGGUGUCUCCGUCGAUCGAUCUGGACGACAAGUUCCUCGACGACGAGGACGUAGAUCUCAGCGAAGCGGUGAAAUUUUUCAAUAUCGAGACGGCGAGUGGAAGACGAAGAUUGGCGGAUAUGAUAGUGCACGCUGUUGAUUGCGGAUUUCUGCCGUACGCGGACAAUUUUCAGGCAUCGUCGAAAACGUAAUAUUGAAGAAAAAUUAGAAAACUGCUAUGAGAAGCAAUAAAUAUGAUGAGAAAAUUACACGAUAUUUGUACAUUGUUUGAACUUCUUUGGAGUCCGUUCUGAUCCAACUUGAAAAGUUGCCUUGAAAUUCGCGAUGAUCGAUAAGAAUUUGACGAUUAAAAAAACUCAUUUCGAUUCCGAUAAAGACAACUUAGCCGAGACUCGAACCUUCGUUCAGCCAAAGGCUCAAACGUGUAGCUGUUUAGAAAUUUAGUUCGAAAAUCUCCGCUACGAGUCACCACCGUUCCUACCGGCCAAAUGAGAAAGUAGUUUCUUUCAUUUUGUACCAGGCGAAGAUCGUUUAACUCGUAACUCAAGAGUCAC